GAAAAAUCUAAGGUUAUAAAUAUCCGAAGCGUCCUGAGUUGCUCAAGGACCACCCUUGUCAUUCGACUUCACAUCACCAGAACGGCUAUGAUUCGCCAGCGCUACCGACUUGAGCGCAAGAUCAGCGACGCGCUUUAUGGUACAGUGUGCGCCUGUGAGGACACGCGCCACAACAAUGAGCUUGUGGCCAUUAAGCAGGUUUCACUUGAACUAGCCACCAGUCUGCUCGAGGUGCACCCUAACGCUGACAACCCGUGGCAAGAACGCCGUGCUAUCAAUAAGUUGAUGGCGUUGCAUCCACACCCAAACAUCGUGCACUUCCGGCAGGAAUUCCUACACAACGAGUCCUGGUUCGUGGUCAUGGAGCAUUGCCCCCAAGGGGAUCUCUGGGACCGUGUACAACGCUCGUCGAAUGGGCGAGUGCCCGAGCAUGAGGCCCUGGUGCUCUUCCGUGAGGUGACGGUCGGCCUGGACUUCUUACAUGCAAACGGCAUUGCGCACCGAGACGUGUCACUCGAGAAUGUACUGCUGCGCAAUGGAGUGUGCAAGAUCUCGGAUUUUGGACUAGCUACGGACGCCGACCGCACGUGCAAGAACGAUGUGGUGGGCAAAGCCUACUAUAUGGCACCUGAGGUGGUGGCAGGCAAGGCCUACUCGCCAGUUUACGCCGACAUGUGGUCUCUGGGUAUCGUACUAUUCGUCAUGCUGACGGGCUCACCACUCGUGCAUCGCGCAUCCGAAAACGAAACCGGCUUCAUAGGCUUCUUGCAGCUCGGUGUUCGUCGUGUAGUGCGCGCAUGGAAGAUGUCGUCCUUCAUUUCAGAAGAAGUAUGCGACCUAGUGUCGGCGCUCUUGCAGCGCGACCCGACCCAACGCCUCACGACAGCCCAAGUGCUCGCCCACCCACUGUUGCAGUUACCAUGA